AACGUCCCGCACUACCAGUCAUGUUGCCCAUGUUCAUCAUACCCAUCGCAUUGCCCGUCGGCUUGGGCAUAACCAUACCAUCCGACAUGGUCAUCAUUUCCGAUCCCAUAGACCCGGACAUGGCCAUUCCAGAUGUGCUAGCCGGCGCAUCAUUCCACGCCAUCGUAACAUCAGCCCUCGACGGCGUGGGCAUAGGGACCAUAGACACGGACAUGGACAUGGACGACAUGGAAGACAUGGACAUGGACAUGGACAUUGAGGUUGUUGCCGCCGAGGAGGAAGUCGAAGACGCCGUUGACUCUGCGAGAGCGAGGGGCGCAAAGAGCGCGAUAGCGGCGACGGUGAAGCUUGAAGCGAGCAUUUUUCUUUUUCGGUAUUCCGUUGUACUUUGAUUCUUGUUGGU